CCCGUCACUAAGGAAGUGAUGGCUUGGGGGAGGGCGGCCCCGUUGCCAAGGAAGUGAGCGGUGGAGCCAACCUCCCCUCUUGUAUCCGGUGCCGCCGCCGCCGCCGCCGUCCCUGCCGCAGCGGCGGGAGGGAGGGGGGCUCCAUGGUGACGGCUCAGGUUUGGCAAAACCCUUGGCCUUCUUGGUUCUGCCACCAGCUGAAUUUGUCCUAGUGCUCACCUGUUGUCAUGUCGAAGUUAAAGUGCUCGGAGUCAGUCAGGGUUGUGGUGCGAUGUCGGCCGAUGAACAGCAAAGAGAAAGUAGCUUCCUACGAACAAGUCGUUGAAGUGGAUGUCAAGUUGGGGCAGGUAUCCGUGAAGAACCCCAAGGGAACUUCUCAUGAGCUGCCAAAGACUUUCACCUUUGAUGCUGUUUAUGACUGGAAUUCCAAACAGUUUGAACUCUACGAUGAGACCUUCCGGCCUCUGGUGGACUCGGUGCUGCAGGGUUUCAAUGGGACCAUCUUCGCAUAUGGGCAAACCGGGACGGGGAAAACGUACACGAUGGAGGGUGUGCGUGGUGACCCUGAGAAAAGAGGCGUCAUCCCCAAUUCCUUUGACCACAUCUUCACGCACAUCUCCCGGUCCCAGAAUCAGCAGUACCUGGUGAGGGCUUCUUAUUUGGAGAUCUACCAGGAAGAAAUCAGGGACUUGUUAUCAAAGGAUCAGUCCAAGAGGCUGGAGCUGAAGGAGAGGCCAGAUACGGGAGUGUACGUAAAGGACUUGUCGUCUUUUGUCACAAAGAGCGUCAAGGAAAUAGAGCAUGUCAUGAACGUGGGAAACCAGAAUCGCUCGGUUGGGGCUACCAAUAUGAAUGAGCACAGCUCUCGCUCUCACGCCAUUUUUGUGAUCACAAUUGAAUGCAGUGAAGUGGGACUCGAUGGGGAGAACCACAUCCGUGUUGGGAAACUUAACCUUGUGGACCUUGCAGGUAGUGAGCGCCAGUCUAAGACCGGGGCCCAAGGGGAGAGGUUGAAAGAAGCAACAAAGAUCAACCUCUCCCUCUCUGCCUUGGGCAAUGUCAUCUCUGCCCUAGUGGAUGGCAAAAGCACUCACAUUCCCUAUCGGGACUCCAAGCUAACCAGGCUGCUUCAGGAUUCCUUGGGUGGCAAUGCCAAGACUGUGAUGGUGGCCAACAUUGGCCCUGCCUCAUAUAACGUUGAGGAGACCCUUACCACGUUGCGGUACGCCAACCGUGCCAAGAACAUCAAGAACAAGCCGAGAGUGAAUGAAGAUCCCAAGGAUGCACUGCUGCGGGAAUUCCAGGAGGAAAUUGCAAGGCUCAAGGCACAGCUGGAAAAGCGGUCCGUGGGCAAGAGGAAGAAGAAAGAGAGGAGGAGAGAUGGAAGCUUUAGUGUCGGAGGGGAGGAGGAGGAAGAGGAGGAGGAGGAGGAGGAAGAAGGGGAGGACGAAGGAGCUGACAAAGAUGACUACUGGAAAGAGCAACAAGAGAAGCUGGAGAUAGAGAAGAAGGCUAUCCUAGAGGACCAUAGUUUGGUGGCCGAGGACAAGAUGAGGUUGCUGAAGGAGAAGGAGAAAAAGAUGGAAGACCUGAAGCGGGAGAAAGAAGCAGCUGAAAGGCUAGGUGCCAAAAUCAAGGCAAUGGAAAGCAAGCUCCUUGUUGGAGGGAAAAAUAUUGUUGAUCACACAAACGAACAGCAGAAAAUCUUGGAGCAGAAGCGCCAGGAGAUUGCUGAGCAGAAACGACGGGAGCGAGAAAUUCAGCAGCAGAUGGAAAGUCGGGACGAGGAGACGCUAGAGCUGAAAGAGACCUACAGUUCCCUGCAGCAGGAAGUGGACAUAAAAACAAAAAAACUGAAAAAGCUCUUUUCCAAGCUGCAAGCUGUAAAGGCUGAAAUCCAUGACCUCCAAGAGGAGCACAUCAAGGAACGUCAAGAGCUGGAGCAAACGCAGAAUGAGCUCACGCGGGAGCUGAAGCUGAAGCACCUGAUUAUUGAAAACUUUAUUCCCUUGGAAGAGAAAAACAAGAUCAUGAACAGGUCAUUCUUUGAUGAGGAGGAAGACCAGUGGAAACUGCACCCCAUCACCCGUUUGGAGACUCAACAAAUGAUGAGAAGGCCGGUGUCAGCAGUGGGAUACAAGAGGCCACUGAGCCAGCACGCUAGGAUGUCCAUGAUAGUUCGUCCCGAGACCCGCUACAGGGCAGAAAACAUUGUAUUGUUGGAACUGGAUAUGCCCAGCCGGACAACCCGGGACUAUGAGGGCCCAGCCAUUGCCCCCAAAGUUCAAGCAGCCUUGGAAGCUGCUCUGCAAGAUGAAGACGAGAUACAAGUGGAUGCCUCCACUUUUGAGAGUACGUCAAACAAAAAGUCAAAAUCCAGGCCUAAAACAGGAAGGAAAUCUGGAGGCUCUUCCUCUAGCUCCUCUGGCUCUCAUCUCUAUCCCCAGUCUCGUGGGCUGGUCCCCAAGUAAAACGAAUGCCCCGUCAAGGGCAUGGCUCACGUUUUUGCCUUCCAGGAGCUGAGGCAAGUAAGAACCUUCAGAGGGGACUUGGCAGCCGGAGUCCGAAAAUGAUUCCUUCUGAGACAAAAGAAGAUGGCCUCCUGGGCAGCUGAGCUGACCUUUGUCCAGCAGGACAAGUUCCAGGUGGACUUCUGCCCUGCAGGAUGGAGUUCACUUUCCUUCUGGCAGUUGGUCUCUAAGGGACUUUAGUUAGGGAAUCAGAAAUGCAUGAGCUACAUUAGUAUGUGUUAGAAGCAACAAGGAGCAUGGUGGGGGGUGUCACCUCACCAUGCUGCUAUCUUCAGUCCUCCUCCUCUUAGUCUUCUUGCUGCACUUGGCUUACUUGCUCUUAGGGCAAUGGGAUGGAGGGCAAAGUCAUCUCAGCGGAACCAACACUCUGGGGUUUAUGAUGCUAAAAAUCUAGUGAGGUUGAGAAGUGACCGAGGACUGCUUAUCUAGCCGUGGCAGAUGAUCUAUUUCCUUUAUUUCGGUCAAAAGACUGGCACCUUUGGGAGGUUUCUUUGUGUGGGGUGUGUGUCUUUAAACCAUGGAAGAGGCGAUAGUGAAAUGCACCCCCCAACUCCUUAGUUGUAUUUCUUUUUAAAAUGCAGACCAAAUGAGGGCUUUGAAAACCUGAUUUCUCUCCUCUGGAUAGAAGCAAUAGAAACUUAAUGAAUCCUUUCUACCUGUUUACAAGGAUUGGCAGGAGUUGUUCUAGGCAGAGCACCUAGAGAUCUCAGCCAUAACCGACAGGACCCAACUUGUCCAAGAGUAAGUCUGUACGACCAUUGCCAGCUCCACAGUCGCGUCUUCCCUCCGCUCACUGUCCCAACUUCUAGCGUUGCUCCAGCAGACAUCUCUGUUUGGGGCAUAUUGUGGCUCUUGCUUCAUCGUCUUCCACUGCCCGCGUUGGCUUGUGUGACUUCUUGAGGCUGUUCCUGCUCUCCCCUGCAGAAGGACGGAAGUGAAACCGUUUCUCAGCCAUGCUUUCCCAGCAGAUGGCUUGAGCCCAGAAUUGCUGCUCCUCAUUUUGUCUAAAAUGCAGGAUUUUUUCAUCUUUUGAGCCCUGAUGAGGUUUAUGUUUGAGCAGAGUUUGAGGGGAAAGGGACGUGCAACCACUUCCAGUCCUGCUUUAGAGGGAGUCUCUUAUUUCUCUCUCCCUCCACACCUUUCAGAGUAAAGCAGGUUGAUAAGCAAUGUGUGGGGAGCAAGCUGCUGCUGAGCGGGGUGAAAAGGCUGAAGAAAGUGCCACCCCCACCUCACCCCCGUGUAUCAUUUUGCAGUUUGGUUUGUAAGUUUAAAGUUGAUGUAUAUUGAGAAUUCAGUUGUUAAUAUUUUAUUUUUCGGUUACUGUUGACUGUUGUACUGUGAAUACUUCUUCCACAAGCUUCCUCUCUGAAUCUUUUAACGUGCCCACCCACCCCCUUCCUAGACCCUGCCGCGUGUGCAUGUACGUAUGUACGAGAACCUGCUUGGUUGUAGGAAUAUUCUCAUGUGUAUGGCUUUUGCCUUGUGUCCUUUUAUUAAGUGUUCUCUGAGUAACCCUUUCCAGCGUGCACAAACUCCAUGGUUUCUGACCCCUUGAGCAAGGGCACUCCAAGCAGCAUCUUGCUGGCUUGGUGACUUGGAGGGCCUAGAGCUGCUCAAACAGGCCCUGCUGCUUUGAACUCAUGGAGUGCAUUUCUGGAACCGGGCCAGUUUGCUGCUUUUCAAAAAUACUGUUUCUGUUGAAUGGAGGAGCGUGGCCUCUGGGUGAGAGAGGAAGUGUUUGCCUUUGCUUGUUGCAUUGGCUGGAUGGACCCGGCAUUAUCUUCCUUUUGUGGUAAGCUGGGCUGUUCUUGACAAAGAGCCUUUUUCUUUGGUUCUUACAGCUUAAAAGAGCUUGUCAUUCCCUUCCCUUCCCCCCCACUCCCAUCUUCACGUUUUGCCCUGGUGUUUUAAUCCCCUUUGCUUUGUUACUUAAGGAAAGGAUUGUAUGGCUUGGAUAUUGAGGCGGUGUCGUUGUGAAUCCAAAUACAGUCAUUUAAACAAA